AUGGUCGCUCCCCGAGUUUUCCGCCCUGCGGCCCGUCUGCUUCUUUCGCGCCUCUCCACCCCUCUGCGCCCGGCUUUCACCCAGACCGCUUGCGCUCCCUCAAUUCUGCGCUCUCGUGGAUAUGCCUCCGAGGCCAUUUCCGGUGUCAAGGAGGUCACCGUCCGUGAUGCCCUGAACGAGGCUCUCGCCGAGGAGCUUGAGGCCAACCAGAAGACUUUCAUCUUGGGUGAGGAGGUCGCACAGUACAACGGAGCUUACAAGGUGACGCGAGGUCUUCUGGACCGCUUCGGCGAGAAGCGGGUCAUUGAUACCCCCAUCACUGAGGCUGGUUUCUGUGGUAUUGCCGUUGGUGCUGCCCUGGCUGGUCUGCACCCCAUUUGCGAGUUCAUGACCUUCAACUUCGCCAUGCAGGCCAUCGAUCAGAUUAUCAACUCCGCCGCCAAGACCCACUACAUGUCCGGUGGUAUCCAGCCUUGCAAUGUCACUUUCCGUGGUCCCAACGGUUUCGCCGCUGGUGUCGCCGCUCAGCACUCCCAGGAUUACUCUGCCUGCUCCGAGGAUGCCAAGGGUCUCCUUAAGGCUGCUAUCCGUGACCCCAACCCCGUUGUUGUCCUGGAGAACGAGCUUAUGUACGGUCAGGCUUUCCCCAUGAGCGAGGCCGCCCAGAAGAACGACUUCGUCAUUCCCAUCGGUAAGGCCAAGAUCGAGCGCCCCGGAAGCGACCUCACCAUCGUCUCCGUCUCCCGCUGCGUCGGCCAGUCCCUCGCUGCCGCCAGCGAGCUGAAGCAGAAGUUCGGCGUCGACGCAGAGGUCAUCAACCUGCGCUCCAUCAAGCCCCUGGACGUUGAGACCAUCAUCGCCUCCCUGAAGAAGACCGGCCGCCUCAUGGUCGUCGAGUCCGGCUACCCCAUGUACGGUGUUGCCUCUGAGAUCAUGGCUCUGUCCAUGGAGUAUGGCUUCGACUACCUGACCGCCCCCGCUGCCCGUGUCACCGGUGCUGAGGUUCCCACCCCUUACGCCCAGGGUCUUGAGGACAUGGCUUUCCCCCAGAACGACACCAUCGUCAAGCAGGCUGCCAAGAUCCUGCGUUUGUAA